CUGCAGAACAUCAAGGGGAACUGAGAGGCACGCCGGGAAGAUAAGUGCUGCUUCCAAUGUGGAGCAGACCUGCUUAGGCACUUUUUUACGCACGCAUGUUGCGGACCGGGACUAAUACUAUAUAAGGACGUAAAUCGAUUUUUGUACAUUUUAUGGAAUAAAAAUCAUUUAAAGAUGAUACUGAAUAUAAAGCAUGUCCUGUGGUUAUAUUGCCUCUGUGAAGCUGCAGCUGCAACAGCCUCAAAUGCAUUAUCAGUCAUCCAACCAGUCAUAGGGUCCCUCUCAGGGAAGGUAAAUCUUCCCUGCUACUUUUCCACAAUCCCAACCUCAGCACCAGUCAUCAGUCCCAGUGGAACAGUCGUUUACAACAAGGAUUACUUGCGGAUCAAAUGGAGCAAAAUACAGGGACGAACAGAGUCCACGGUGCUGGUGGCACAAAAUGGGAUCAUCAAGAUAGGCUCAAGCUACAGGAACCGUGUGUCAGUACCCAGCCACCCUGAAGUUGUCGGCGAUGCCUCGCUCACAAUUGUGAAGCUGCGUGCCAGUGAUGCUGGCACUUAUCGUUGCGAGGUCAUGUUCGGGAUUGAAGACACCCAGGAUACUGUUAACCUCGAUGUCAGCGGUGUUGUCUUUCACUACCGAUCAAGCAUCAGCAGGUACACUUUGGACUACCAGAAAGCUGUACAAACUUGUGAAAACGUUGGAGCAAACAUUGCUACCUAUGAGCAACUGAAAGCAGCCUAUGAGGACGGCUUUGAUCAAUGCGAUGCCGGUUGGAUUGCUGACCAGACAGUGAGAUACCCAAUUACAAAGCCAAGAGAGGGCUGUCAUGGCAACCUUCCCAAUAAACCUGGUGUCAGGUCGUAUGGAACCAGAAAACCUACAGAGACCUACGAUGUGUACUGUUAUGUAGGCAAACUGGAUGGUGAAGUCUUUUAUGCUCCCGUGACCCAUAAGAUGACUUUUGAAGAAGCCAGUGAAGAGUGUAAAAAGAGGAAAGCUGUCCUGGCAAGUCCCGGACAGCUGCAUGCUGCUUGGCGACAGGGGCUGGACAGAUGUGACUACGGCUGGCUCUCCGAUGGCAGUGUACGGCAUCCUGUCGCAGUCCCCAGAACUAAGUGUGGCGGAGGCCGACUCGGCGUGAGGACCAUGUAUCGCUACAGAAAUCAAACUGGCUUCCCAGAACCAACUAGAAAGUUUGGGGCUUACUGCUUUAAAGGAAGAAGAUUGGUAUUCAGCCAUACUUCCUUUGUGGAUGUAUCUGUGGUAGAAAUGACCACCAACGCCAUCAGUCCCAGUACCUCCAUCCCUUUACUGGAGAGUAGCACCAUUCUGACAACCCCAACAUCUGAAAAAACAUCAGAGGCAGACGUUUCUCCAGAUUCUUCUCCAGAUCCUCCAUCUAUGUUCUCAACCAGCAUGGCUCCACCUCGCCCCACCCCAGCAGGCCAUGAAGAAGAGUUAAUCACAACAGUUGCACCCACUAUCAAAGACGACCAUGAGGACGACGAUGAUGUAACAGCUGCGCCAGAUUCUCACACUGAUGAUCAAAAUGUAACCUUUGUGGAAACUGCUGCUGCCCAUGGUGGCACAGCCACAGAAACUAAGAUCACGGUGGAAAGCACUGAUGCCACAGUGUCUGCUGAUGAGUCAGAUGAUCAAUCAGUAAUUCAGGUCAGCACGAUUCAGCCUGACGUCCCUAUACCAGAUGCUUCUCUCCGCAACGAGCUCAUGUUUGCUGAAGGGGAGACAGAGGAAACUGUCAUAGAUCCUAGGAACAUCACAUCGAUCUCUGAUCUCACUGACACUCCAACCAAAUCAUCUGAAGUUAGCCAUGAGGAAAUGCUUAGCUCCUCACAAUUAACACCAUCACCUUCAAUCAGUGAUAUAGCAAUAGACUAUAUUUUGAACUAUGAUGACAUCGAUACUCAUUUAGGUUUAGAGGGUCAGCCACCUACUAGGCCAUCCCAACCAGAUGGCUCAUCCAGCCCUUCAGACACCAAUAGAAUUGAUGAUACAAUCACAGCCAUUCCACCUUUAAAUAACACCCAUCAUGUCAGUGAGGUGAAGGUAACCACCACACUGACACCAAAUACUGCCAGCAGUGCAACACAAACUCCGCCUAAAGCACAGGAUGUUGAGACACCACCAACACCUGAAGUUUCACCAGGCACAAUCAUCCUGAUCGACAGUGAAAUGUUAACUGAGGAAGUGAAAUCUUCAGCAGCUGUCCAUGUCUUUGAUGAGUCUUCCACUCAGGUGACGGAGCGCAUUGGUGGCACCGUGAUGGAGGACAAAACAGCAGCAGAGUUUGGUACAGAGUUCUUUAUAUCUGCUCCAACGACUUCAACGGUGGCCAGUACAACAGCCCAUCCAGCUGCAGUGGUCACAGAUAACCAGACCACCACUACGCAGAUUCAGAAUGCAUCAGCUAACCAGGCUUCAGAGUCACAGAAUGCUCAGUCUCUUGCCACACCAGUUCUGUUGGACCAUCCCACUCCCUCUGUAGCUGUUGGUGAGCCAAUCAUACAAAGCAGAGACCCAGAACGUUUCACACAAGCUGCUAUAACCAUCACCCCAGCUAUCAGCUUUAUUAAUGGUAAACAAGAGAUCACACUGGAGCCUCAAAGUGUGGAAGAAAAAGAGGCCAAAGGUACAGAGAUUUUGACAAUUGUGACAACUCUCGGAACUAGCAAUGACAUUUCCAUGGCAUCUGAUCCUAAUUUGACUGAUUUCUCUGAUGGUAGCUUCACUAAAUCUAUACAGGAACCUACAGAACCUCUGGCUUUUACAGAAACCCCAUAUAUGGUUGUCCCUGAGCCUGAUAGAAGGCCAACAGUUGAAUCAACGCCUGCUCAAUUAGGGGAUGAUCUGACCACAAAAGGCUCAAAACACAAAGACUUAACCUCUGUUAUUGCCACAACAGUGGAGGACAAGAUUCCACUGGAAACUGCACAAAUAACUGUGGCUGGCUCAGCUUCCACAGAUACUACUGACCUUCUUCCUGCAGUAACACCAACUGAGCCACAGAGAACCAAAGCAGUUAAAGAAACCCAAACAUCACAGGCUAAUGUGAAAACCCCUGCUUUCAGCACUAUGUCUGUACAAGAAGGGACACGUGAGACAGGAAGGACUCCUGCCCAUGUGAAAAGUGACUCAAAUCUGACUCAGAGACAGAAGACUGAGGAUGAAUCUCCAACUACUUCUUCAACCAGAUUUUACACAGACAAAGAUAACGAUGAAAUCAUAGCGGAAACAGAGAGCACAUCUGCCAUUCCAGCUGUUAAAGACAGCACAGAGUCUGUGUUAGAGACUGUGUAUAGUCCUUCCACGGAUGACGCUGAUAGGGAAAUAGCGCCAUCAUCAAGAGGCCCCACUCAAGAUGUAGAGGGGAGGAAAGAGAUCCAGACCACAGAAGGAUUUGUCUUAAGCACAACAACUUCUUCAGUAUUUAGUAUUGCACCCUCUCUUAAGCAGAUAGUCAAGACUGAGAUCACACCAGCUGCAGGAGGUACUGAAUCUUCAGAAUCUGAAGCACCGACUGAAACUCCGGAGGAUAAAAUCACAAGUCAGGGAGGGAUUAGAGUCAGCCCAAUGCGUUUAACUUCCUCCACAGAAAGAGUUGGAAAUGAUGCGGUAUCUAUAACGCAGGAGGAGGGUUCAGUAGUCCAAACUGUAAAUAUGUUUACAACCAGCCCACAUCCACAUAUCUCUACCUUAGCAUUAUCUUCAAGUUUAACCUUUACACAUACAGAAGCUAAAGCCCAAACGGAAAGUGAAGUAACUGCUGAAACAGAUGUGUCUGUUUCAGCUGGUGAGUCAACAGAAAAAACUUCAACUGAGGAUACAACUGGAAAGAAAUCUUCAUCAGUGCACCCUGUUAGUUGUAUUACUUUAAUAGGUCCCGUGUGUCUUACCACUUCUGAAGAAAGUACAGAUGCACAAACUAAAGUACCAUCCCUUACCAGUGUUGCAGAUGGUGAGGUUGAAAGUGAAAGCAGUCAACCUACCGUAAUGGAGUCGUUUGCUUCUGUCAGUCCGUCAACAAUGAAGUCAGAAACUACAUCCUUCCUGAGUGCCACAGAUGCAGAUUUUUCUGGAGACAGCACUACUGUUUUCCCUGAAGUCUCAAGCAUCAAAACAACAACAGUGCUUUCAAGUGAUACUUCAAAAGGUGCUUUUACUUCAUCCUCAUCUGUCUUCAGUACUCAGAAGCCAAUAUCAGUGUCAUCUGGUACGGAAAAAACUGUCACCACAAGCGAGUUCGAUGAAUAUUCAUUAACACCAGAGGAAAGUUCUUUUUGA